CGUCUGCACGACCUUCCCAGUCGGUCGUCUGGAGAGGAAAUCAGAAAUAGCCUGCUUACCACUGUUCUCACUGAAUAUCAUCAUACUAGAUUAUUAGGCAGACAUGGCUUUCGCUACCCAUCAUAUAAUCAGGACACUAACGUCGUCUUCGGCCCGAAAUGCAGCAAUAAAACACGUAACUAUUAUUGGAGGUGGACAAAUGGGAGCAGGUAUUGCACAGGUGGCAGCUUCAACGGGUCAUACAGUUGUGUUGGUGGAUACAUCUGAGGAUAUCUUGAAGAAAGCUGCUAAAGGAAUAGAGGGCAGUCUGAAAAGAGUGGUCAAGAAGAAAUUUGCAGAUAAGCCAGAGGCUGGGCAGGAGUUCAUUCAGAAAGUUAUGAAGAAUGUGUCAGUAUCGACAGACGCAACCUCAACCGUCCAGAACACUGACCUGGUUUUGGAAGCCAUUGUGGAGAACCUCAAAAUCAAGCAGGGUCUCUUCAGUGCUCUUGACAAAGCAGCACCCCAACACACAAUCUUUGCCAGCAACACGUCCUCUCUUCCCAUCACGGAUAUUGCUAGCUCAACGGCAAGGCUGGAUCGGUUUGGAGGCCUUCACUUCUUCAACCCUGUGCCCAUGAUGAAACUUGUGGAGGUAAUCAAAACUCAGUCAACAAGUCCGGAAACCUUUGAUUCUCUGAUGGCGUUUAGCAAAGCUCUUGGCAAGAAUCCUGUCACAUGCCAUGAUACACCAGGAUUCAUUGUUAACCGUCUGCUGGUGCCCUACAUGAUGGAAGCAAUCCGACUGCAGGAGAGAGGUCAUGGAUCAAAAGAGGACAUAGAUAUGGCCAUGAAACUUGGUGCUGGCUAUCCUAUGGGCCCAUUUGAACUGCUUGACUAUGUGGGUCUGGACACUGCUAAGUUCAUCAUUGAUGGUUGGUAUGAGAUGGAGCCAGACAACCCCCUGUUUGCCCCGAGCCUCAUGCUAAACAAAUUGGUGGCUGAGGGUAAGUUUGGCAAGAAGAAUGGAGAGGGAUUCUACAAGUAUAAGUAACAACCCAGCUUCCCUUUGAGCUGAUAACUGGACAACAAACAGAAAGACCACAGCGGGCUCAAUUGUGGAACCCUCAGGUUAAGAAACGGACACUAAGUAGAAUAACCUAAACAUAAUUCCUGUGCCUUACAGAACAACAAAAGCCUUGUCAUUGUGAGUUAUAGUGUCAGUGUUUCAGUAACAUGAAUGCAUUAAAUGGCAUAAAAGCAUUUUCUGACA